AGAUGUUGCCUGAAGAGUUUGAGCUCUACAGCCAGAGAGUUUUAGCAUGUCUCGGAGCAGUACAGCAGGCCAAAGCCGAUACAGCACUCUGGAGAAACCCAGAAAGUCGGGAACCUAUGGCAGAUACACCACUUCCAGACCUAGCAGCCUGAACAGCAACAGAGACGUGUUGUGUGAUUUCUGUCUGGCUAGGAAGAAUAAAGCAGAGAAGUCAUGCCUGACAUGCUUAACAUCACUGUGUGAAACUCAUCUUCAGGCGCAUUAUGAGUAUCCCGCUCUCAUGAAACACAAGCUGGUGGCGGCAACGGGGCAUCUCCGCGAGAAGAUCUGUGCAGAACAUGAUAAACUUUUCGAGGUUUUCUGCCGUUCCGACCAAGCGUGUGUUUGUGUUUUGUGCAUCAUGGAGGAACACAAAAAACAUGAUAUUGUUUCAGCUGCAGCCGAAAGGACUGAAAAGCAGAAAGAGCUUGGGGCCAAACUGAUGUCAUCACAGCAAAAAAUUGAGGAAAAAGUGAAGAAAUGGCAAAAUCUCAGUCAAGCAGUGACAUCCUUAAAACAAUCUUCUCAGAGUGUGCUGGAUGAAAAUGAGCGGAUUUUCGCUGAGCUGUUGCGUGCUCUCGAGAGGAGGUAUACAGACGUGAAGGAGAUGAUCCGAGCCCGGGAAACACUUCUAGUGUCACAUGCAGAGAGACACAAGGACAGACUGGAGGAGGAGAUUACACUGCUGAGGAAAAAACACAAUGAUCUGGAGCAGCUGUCCCACUCUGAUGAUCACAUCCAUUUCUUACAGAGCUGGCAGUCUCUCUCUGCUCCUACUGGAUAUGAAGAUUUGUCCAAGGUGACAUUAGCUCCACACCACACUUUUGACAAUGCAAAGAAGGCCAUUGCUGAACUUAAAGCGCAACUGGAAGACAUAAGCAAAGAAGAACUGAACAAAAUCUCUUCAGCAGUUAAGGAGGUUCAAAUUCUACAGACUGGGGAGCCACUUAAAAGGGAGGAGUUCCUAGAAAAUUUCUGCCAGCUUUCACUAGAUGCCUCAACAGCUCACCCAAACCUGCACCUGUCUGAGAGAAACAGAGUGGUACAGAUGAGUAAUGACGCAAUGUCGUAUCCUGAGCACCCUGAUCGCUUCGACACCUGGCAGCAGGUUCUCUGUAAGGAAGGUCUGGCCGGUGGUCGCUACUACUGGGAAGUGGAUUGGACUGGCUCAGAAAUAGAUAUUGCUUUGACUUACAAGGGCAUUCAGAGGAAAGGCAAUGAUAAUGUUGGCAGCUUUGGAUGGAAUGACAUGUCGUGGAGUUUGUACUGCUCUGAAUCUAAGUUCUCCUUUGUACACAACAGCAAAAGCACAACUCUAUCUGUCCCCAAAUCCUCCAGGAUAGGAGUGUAUUUAGACUACGGGACUGGAACUGUGGCUUUUUAUAGUGUGAAUGACAAUAUGAAACUUCUUCACACGGUUCAUGUUAAGUUUACUGAGCCCGUCUAUCCUGGGUUUGGAAUCUGGGGAUAUGGAACUGCUGUAAGACUGUAAAUAAGUUACUAAGUGUCUAUAAACGCCAUAGAGAGGUUGAUCAGGAUGUCAGUAAUGGUCUUCUUUUAUUUGAGUUUAGUCAGAACAGGAUGUCAACAUACAUGCAUAAUCAUGUCAUUAUAUUAUUUCUCAUGUCCACCAAGUUCUAAAACGUUGUAACUUUUAUUUUCAGUGAGCUACAGUACAUGUGGCAGAAUGAGUUUACAUCUUCUACAGAUACAAAAUAACACACAUCUUAUGUGAUAAUAAAUGAUGCUUAAUUAAUAUCAUUA